AUGUUACAUUCAUUCGCAUCAAAGCAGCCGUUCGCGAUGGAAGUGUUUCGAGAGCAAAAGUAUCUUCUAACAAUUCUUGGUUGGUGCGCGAUCUAUCCUUACGCCGUACCGGUGCCAACGUCGAAUGCUUGCCUCAAAACAGCGCACCGAUGGUAUUUCGUGCGCUUAGCCGUCGCCCUGCUACUGAUCGUGCUGUUAACAUACGUACGCUUUCUGAUCAUGUUUGCGGGGAGCCGUUUUUUGCAGUCUCUUUCGUAUCUGAUUUGGUUGGUUGCCACACUGGUCGACACGUUCAUGAUUCUAUCGAUCUUGAUCACGAACGCACUCAAUUUGAAAAGCAUCCGUGCGCUAGUCCACCUUCUGGAGCGUGUUGAAACCGUGUGCCACGAAACGAGCCUGUGCAAUCUCCGCACACAACGCUACCGUUGGCUAUGCGUGGUCCUUGCCGUUACUAUCUGUAUUCUGUUUCACAGUUAUGUUUUUCAAACCAACUACGACGGAACCUGGAUGGUGGUGUUUCAUCUACGAGUGGAAGUACUGCUUACCGAUUGGUAUGUGAUCCAUCUUGUGUUCCUGCUGUGGACAGCUGGCCAUUGUGCUAAGCGUUUGAAAACACUUAUCGGCGAUUGCGUUGCCGCCGGCAAUGUUACGGAACUCUGCAGAAUUUUGCGCCUGCGUGACGAUUUGUUGCGCUGCAUCGGGCUGAUAAAUCGUGUAUACGGGGUUUUGUUUCUGGUAGUCAGUGCGUCGUGGUUUGUAUCGAUCACCGCCAUUUUAUACUUUGACUUCAUACUGAAUGGAAAGUUUAUAAUACAAAGCGAAUCCCACUACGCUGUGGCUCAUUCGAUCAUGUUCGUGUGGAAAUGUAUCCCUGCGGGAAGUCUUCUGAUGGUGGCAGGGUACAUUUCGGAGCAGGCUAACGAAAUGAUACACCAUACCUGCCCCUACGGAAUGGCGCAGGACAACAAUCGCCCUUUGCAGAAGAUGAUCGACAAGCUGCUGGUGAAGAGUCAAUUUCAGGACACUCGCUUCACUGCUUACGGCAUGUUUGCGAUAGACAAUAGUUUAAAUUACACGGUGAUCAGCUCGAUCGUAACGUACCUGGUGAUACUGAUGCAAUUCCGGCAAUUGGAAAUCGACAACGAGAACCAGUAG